GACGCGGCCCCGAUGACCGAGCUACAGCAAGAUGUGGAAGACUCGAAGCCUGCCAAGGUGCUCGGCAAGAGGGAGAGCCGGGUGGGCGCAGCGCACUCAGAGGCUGAGAAUGGUGUGGAGGAGAAGAAGAAGGCCUGCAGGUCGCCUACAGCCCAGUCUCCCACCCCGUCCAGCGAGGCCGAGUCCCCAGACCCGAAGAGAGUCAUCUGCCUGCGCCCAUACCUUCUCUCCACACCUACACUUCAUGCAGGACCAAGUGUCAAAAUCCAGUUUCGAUGGUGUCUCUUUAGCAAGUGAUAAGAACGACUGUAAAACAGAAAGCAAAAAUGACUCUAAGAUUGAAAGGAAAAAGUCUUCGUCUUCCAGCCAGUACAAGGCAAACAUGCACUUUCACAAGUUGUUCCUCGAUGUCCCAACCGAAGAACCACUGAGGCAAAGUUUUACCUGUGCUCUACAGAAAGAACUGUUAUACCAAGGGAAGCUCUUCGUAUCAGAAAACUGGAUUUGUUUUCAUUCCAAGGUCUUUGGAAAAGACACUAAGAUCUCUAUUCCGGCCUUCUCCGUAACCCUAAUAAAGAAAACCAAAACUGCCCUUCUGGUGCCAAAUGCCCUGAUUAUAGCAACGGUCACAGACAGGUACAUAUUUGUCUCCCUGCUCUCCAGAGAUUCAACUUACAAACUACUAAAAUCUGUGUGUGGACACUUAGACAAUACAAGCGUUGGUAACAGUCCUAAUCCGUCUUCUCUUGAAAACAGUUUCCGGGCUGACCGCCCUUCGUCUCUGCCUCUGGAUUUCAAUGAUGAAUUCUCAGAUCUGGAUGGAGUGGUUCAACAAAGAAGGCAAGACAUGGAAGGAUACAGCAGUUCUGGCUCUCAGACUCCCGAAUCCGAGAACUCGAGAGAUUUCCACGUGACAGAGUCCCAGACAGUUCUCAAUGCCUCCAAAGGAGAAGCAAAGCCAGCCAGGGCAGAUGCCCACGGGAACAGAGUACCCGAAGGAAAAGCCAAGAGUCUCCCUGCACACGGUCAAUCAGAAUCCAUUGGGAUCUUACACAAAGUCAAGUCUCAGAAAUAUCCGACUCUCAGCCAAAUUCUUAUAUUCUACGCAAUUGUGGUCUGUGCACUGAUCGUCUCGACCUUCUACAUGAGAUACAGAAUCAAUACUCUGGAGGAGCAGCUGGGGUCACUGACCUCCAUUAUGGACACCCAUCACACUGAACAGGCAGCCCCACCCGGCCUGGGGUCACAAGUACAAUUAAAUGUGGAGGUCCUCUGCCGAGAGCUUACAGCUAACAUAAUGAAAUUAGAAAAGAUACAGAACAACUUGCAAAAGUUGCUUGAGAAUGGUGACUGACCCACCAGAUUGCUUGGGCCAACGUGAUACCUCGUGCUUCCCUUUGAAGAAGGUGCUCGCGGAGGCGUCCCGGUGGAGUGCUCCCUGCUGGCCAGAGAGGCACCCCAGCCACGUUUGCACUUGGAGGUCUCCAGCUCAGGAAAGGGGGAGGGGGAAUAAUUCUGGUUCCUGUGAAAUAAAAGUUGACCUUGACUCUCUGAGGAAGUUCUCAGUGCUGCUGCCUGAAGGAAACUGACCCAUCUCAGAGGUCUCAGGAAGGACCUGGUGGACACGCUCUUGGAUGACUGUGGUUCAGUGGCCAUCGUGACUGUGUCAGCAAACACACUCCACAACGCGCCUUUCAGUCCUUCCCACCCUCCUACACCCCAGCCUUCCAACUAAGGGUAUAUCAUGUGCCAACAAACCUGAUGUGGUCCUUUAAAGAAUUAGCCAUAAUUCUCCGAGAGGCAAUAAAGAGCUCUAAUGGACAGGCUUGCUUCAAAGAAAUAACACCAGCAUUUUGUCUUUUUUUCCUCCGUCUACUGUUAUGUUCUGGUUUAAAUCAUCUGUGUAUCUUCUCAGUUGAAUAUUGGCGAGAAUAUUGGGCAAAGCAGAUAAACCAUCCCGUUUAUGUUUUGUUCCUCUAUCUAAUGCUUAAUUGGACUUAUUCUCACCCACCCCAAGUCAAGAAUCUGUGCGAUGUGGGACUGAAGUACUAAAUAAACUUACUCUGAAACCAAAACUAAUCUUUAAACCAAAAGGUAUAAUGUGAUUUGAUACAGGAUGAAAAACACCAAAUUUUUAAGAUUAUAGGUGGACUAUGUUACUUUUGAAAAAGGAUGUCUGUAUUGAAUGUUGAAAUCCAUUUCAGCAGGAUGAGAGCAUGCUUUUUUUUCUUUUGCUGACAAAAAUAAAGAAGAAACUGGUGGUUUGCUAACUUCUACUUACCAUAGGGUUGCCUGGUUUUUAUUAAUAAUUAUUUAGGUACCAUAAGAUCCAUAAUAUAAAAGAUAUUCUGUUUCUGUCUGCAAUGCAUUUUAUAAUCAUUUCUAUGAAAUGUAUUUUAUUUAAUCAGAUAAGCUAAUAAGUGAAUUGGUUACAUCAUUUGUAUCUGUUAGCCUACUGGACAAGAAUUGUGCCUGGUGCACCCUGGCUUUUAAUAAAUACCCAUUGCUAAAAAUACCUUGCUAA